AUGUCGCGCUCUGUCCGUGCUGAAACUAGGAAUCGUGUUAAAGACGACAUUAAAAGAGUAAUGCAAGCUGUUGAAAAAGUUCGCCAUUGGGAGAAGAAAUGGGUGACGAUUGGUGAGACAACUAUGAAAAUUUACAAAUGGGUUCCUAUAUCUACUAACGAGCAAAAGAAAAAACAUGCGGCAAAACGCGAGAACAAGGAAAAUACCUUGACCCCCAAAAAAAUGCACGAUUCAUCAAAUUCUAACUUUGGAAUGGCCGAAGAUUCUAAUACUUGCUUCUCAACAGUGAGCGACUCCCAAGGACCAACAGAGUUCACAUCUACACAUUUAAAUUUUUCCGAAGAUUCAAAUUCGCAGAGCAGCGGAACAACGACGCCAGCGAAACGGUUAAAGACGGAC